AUGACAUCCAAAACACCAAAAAUCCUCAUCGUCGGCGCAACCGGCCAGACGGGAAGCGCAACAAUCGCAGCCCUCGCCUCAGCUCCCAACCCGCCCCAAAUCCUAGCCCUCACCCGCUCCCCAUCCUCUCCUAAAUCACAAGCCCUCCUCAAAGUAUUCAAAGACCGCACCCCCGAAAACCCAUCCCCAAUCUUCGCCUCCCACCGAGACAUAUCCGCCCUCUACCUCGUGACCGUCCCCCCGGGAGACGAAGCGCAAGCCAUACCCCUCAUCGACGCAGCAAUCGCCCACAAGGUACCGCACAUCGUCUUCUCGAGCGUCGACCGCGGAGGUGACGAGCGCUCGUGGACGAACCCGACGCCCGUGCCGCACUUUGCGGCCAAGCACCGCGUCGAGGUGUACCUCCGCGACAAGACGCGCGGCACGCCGACGAAGUGGACAAUUUUGAGGCCGGCGGGGUUCAUGGAUAAUUACGCUGCCUCGGCGGGGGUCAUGGGCUCCGUCAUGGGUGGGCUGUGGGCGACGAUGCCGGUGGGUGCGCGGAAGAUGCAGCUUGUCAGCGCGAGGGAUAUCGGGCUCUUUGCGGCUCGGGCGCUGGUAGAAGGUCCCGGUACCAAGGCCGAGGGAGGAGGAGGAGGAGGAUGGGGUGGUAGGGCGCUGGGGCUCGCUGGUGAUGAGAUUGGUUUCGACGAGGCGGAGGAGGUGUUUAAGAGGGUUGUUGGGCAGAGGAUGCCGAGGACGUGGGGGGUUGUCGGUCGGGGUGUGAGGUGGGCUUUUGAGGAUGCCGGGAGGAGUAUGGAGUGGUUUGAGGAGGAAGGGUAUAAGGCUGAUGUUGAGAUGUUGAGGGGGAUGGAGCCAAGGUUGCAGAGUUGGGAGAUGUGGUUGAGGGAGAGUAGUGGAUGGGUGAAGGGUGAUGAGGAGGAGGAGGAGGAGGAGUAA